AUGGAUAACCUUCAGACCCUUAAGCUGUCAGUGGACGCCGAGACGGCUGUCGCCUUGGUCCAGUUCAACCGGCCUGCCAAAAGAAACGCUUUCUCACAGGUUAUGAUCGGCGAACUCGUCGCUACGUUGGCUUAUCUCGAUGCCCAUGACACCGUCCGAGCGGUCGUCGUCACCGGCGGCCCAGACGGUCCUUUCUGCGCCGGUAUGGAUCUGAACGAGCUGGUGCAGAUCAGUACCGUUGAGGCGCACCAGCGUGCCUUUCUGAAAGACUUGACGGAUGCCUUCGCCGGGUUUUCCAAGCCCAUCAUCGCGGCCGUUGUCGGAUUUGCUCUGGGCGGUGGUUGUGAGAUUGCCUUGGCGUGCGAUAUAAUCUACGCCGCGCAAGAUGCCUCUUUUGGUCUCCCAGAGAUCAAGAUCGGAACCAUCCCAGGCGCUGGCGGCACCCAACGCCUAGCUCGGGCUCUAGGCAAGCACAAAGCGAUGGAAUUCGUUCUCACCGGCGAUCCAGCGAGCGGAGCUGAGUUUGAGCGGCUCGGCGUUGUCAACAAGGUGUUCCCCGGUCCAGAAGUUGUUCCCGCAGCACUGAAGCUUGCGGAGCGCAUUGCCCUCAUGUCCGGCCCAGUCAUCAAGACGGCAAAGCAGGCAGUCCUCACUGUUGAAAAUAGCCAUCUUGAUGCUGGGAUGACCAUGGAGAAGGCGCUUUAUUACUCAACCUUUGGCCUAGGCGACUUCCAAGAAGGGAUGACCGCCUUUCUUCAGAAGCGUCGCCCUGAUUUCAAGCACACGUAA